AUGCCCCGGUUAGAGAGCCGGAUCGCGGACGAGCCGCGGCAGCUCGAUACGACGGCUGCCACCCAGCUCCGCUCCAUCGAGGAUCGCUUGCGGCAAGCGGAGGAGAAUGCCAGGCGCCAUCGACGGUGUUGCCUCGGAUUGGCCUCGGCGGCAAAGCAAAACAACAAGCCCACAGUGCGGAAUCUAUGCGGAAAGGCGGCCGGCCUCGUGCACGAGGCUUUCACCACCUCUCCGACGAAGCUCUCGACCACUUGGAAGCACUCCUGGGAGAGUCUGGUCGUACAGCUUCCAGCUCGUCCCGUUGCCGGCGCAGCGGCAGAUGACAUGCCGGGCGCCGUAUGCCAGCUGCGGCAAAGUGCGGAAAACAUCGCAAGCUUGCGAGCAGAGAAUGUGCAGAAGGUUGUUUUGACUGAACCAGCGCGAGAUGCCGAAGGGCAAGUGAAAGCAUUGCAGGCAAAGUCUCAAGCAAAGCACGGGAGAUUGGCGAGAGGGAGCCGAAGAAGUGGUCAAAGGAGCAGCGGUUUGAGGCAGUGGAAAAAGUGGCCGGGGAGAGGCUCGAGGCCGGAAGGGCGCUCCGUCAAGAGAGCGAGGCCUUGUAAGGUGGGCCGCACAUGGUCCACGUGUAAGGAGCAGGUCGCAGAGCUGGUUUUUCUUGAGAGGGCGGAGACCGUCGCUGUGCUCUUUGAUCAGCAAGCCUCAGACAACCAGGCAGAAGCCGCAGAGCAGGUAGCGGAGGCCGAAGACGGGGCCAUGGCACCCCAGGAAGCUUCGGUCUUCGAGGAUCUCAGGUUCCGUAUGCUGUUGAUCCAAAAGGGGGGCAGCAACAUGAAGGAGACCGACUGCUACAGCGAGAGGAGCACACAAGAACUUCUGAACGACAUGGACAAGGUAGAACCGAUCAGUGCCUCAGUGCCAUCUGGAGCUUCCCAAGAGCUGUGGACACAAUCUGCAGCAGCGACUUACAAUAGACGGGAGCCCAAUCUGGUGAGGCAAGACAAGCGCACGGGCCCAUCCGAAAAAAGAGGCAUGACAAAUGGUGAGCCAAAAGACUUUCGUUUGUUGUGCACGCAGUGA